UGCGAGCCGGAGCGACCUCUCCUUGAUUAGGGGCGAUGGGGACACGGGCCCCUCAGGGCCUCCUCCUCCUUCUCUUGCUCCGGCUGCUGCCGCCACGCGGGGCCUCAGCGGGGAGCCUGCAUAACCCAGGCCUGUCCGAGUGCUUCCAGGUGAAUGGCGCCGACUACCGCGGCCAUCAGAACCGCACGGGCCCGCGCGGGGCCGGCCGCCCGUGCCUCUACUGGGACCAGACGCAGCAGCACAGCUACAGCAGCGCCAGCGACCCCCAGGGCCGCUGGGGGCUGGGCGCGCACAACUUCUGCCGUAACCCAGACGGUGAUGUGCAGCCAUGGUGCUACGUGGCCGAGACGGAGGAAGGCAUCUACUGGCGCUACUGCGAUAUCCCCACGUGUCAUAUGCCGGGGUAUCUGGGCUGCUUCAUGGACUCAGGGGCACCCCCGGCCCUCAGUGGCCCCAGCGGCACCUCAACAAAGCUCACGGUCCAGGUGUGCCUUCGCUUCUGCCGCAUGAAGGGCUACCAGUUGGCGGGCGUGGAGGCUGGCUAUGCCUGUUUCUGUGGCUCUGAAAGCGACCUGGCCAGGGGGCGUCCGGCUUCGGCCACCGACUGUGACCAGAUCUGCUUCGGCCACCCGGGCCAGCUGUGCGGCGGCGAUGGGCGCCUGGGCAUCUACGAAGUGUCCGUGGGCUCCUGCCAGGGGAACUGGACCGCACCUCAGGGAGUCAUCUACUCCCCGGACUUCCCGGACGAGUACGGGCCGGACCGGAACUGUAGCUGGGCGCUGGGCCCUCCGGGCGCCGCGCUGGAGCUCACCUUCCGCCUCUUCGAGCUGGCCGACCCACGCGACCGGCUGGAGCUGCGCGACGCCGCCUCGGGCAGCCUGCUCCGCGCCUUCGACGGCGCCCGCCCGCCGCCGCCCGGGCCGUUGCGCCUGCGAGCAGCCGCGCUGCUGCUCACCUUCCUCAGCGAUGCACGCGGCCACGCGCAGGGCUUCGCGCUCACCUACCGCGGGCUGCAGGACGCCGACGACGACCCAGCUCCCUCCAAAGGCUCGGCCCAGACCCCCGCAGCGCCCCCCGACGGGACCAACGUGAGCUGCAGCCCCCGGCCUGGGUCUCCAGAGGCCGCGAUGGGGGCCCAGGUCUUCUCCACGGUGACGGCCGUCUCAGUGCUGCUGCUGCUGCUGCUGUCGCUGCUGCGCCUGCUGCGCGGACGGGUCCAGUGGACCCUCCUGCAGCCAGAUGGACUCCUGAGACCCUACGUCACACUCUGUCUACCAUGGCCUUCUGCCCCAUUGAGGGAAGCUCGGCCUCUAGUCAUCUCGAGGAGGCCAGACGUCGAACGGGAAGCAUAUGGUGCUAAUAUUGGGAACUUGACCUGACCCUCGGAGUCCAGAUGGUCGAGGCCAAAGGGCAAGAGGAAUUCGGUUCCCCUCCUCAUAGACCUCGAUACCCGGGUCUUUAAGCCCUCCUGGGGUGGUUCUGGACUGCUGCCCUAAGUGAAAUGUGAGAGGUCAACAAAAGUGGUCAAAAGACCAAAACUCAUAGACUUUGAAUAAAGGACCUAUUUUGGUACAGGGCUCCGGAAAUUCUUACGUGUGGGAGGAGCUAUAUCAAUAAGGGUACUGUGCCAAGGUUGGUUGUGUACAUGCAAAUUAAAGGCUUUC